AUGUCACAACCCUACCACAGCUAUGAACCCGCUGAUCCAACCCACACCUCCCGCGGCGCAGUGGGUGGCGGCUCCUCGACCGGCGCCCCAGGCUUUCCAACAGGUCUUCGCGAUACACGAUCGGAGUAUGAUGAAUCUAAGGGCUAUAACUCAGCCACAGGAGCCAGUUACUCGCGGGAAUCAGCAGGUGGGCCAACCCAGACCCGCCAGCGACCGCUUUCACCGUCUCCGUCUCGCAGCGAUGACCGGAUUGUAGGGGAUGCGCCACUCCCGCACACAGCUAGUACGGCGCAGCGGGCAGAAAUCGAGGAUUCUAGAGCUGCACGGGCUGGUGAGGGGCUUGGAAAUAAAGUGAAGGGGAUUGCGGCAUCGGUUCAUGGUGCUGGAGAGUCAUUGCGCGGGGCGGUAAAUACGGCAGUUGAUCGGACAUUUGGAUCUAAUGAGGGUGCUGAGAGAAAUCAGGAGAUUGCGAAUAAGGGCGCGGAGGAAAUUCGGUCGGGUCGGUUUACAGGAAACAGAUAG